CACGACCACUCUCAUAGCUUCGCUCAGUGUGUUCAACUUUGGUUAUCAUGAGUGACAGAAAGCGGGCGUUUGAGGGGAAUGGCGACUCGGGGGUCGCCAAGAAGGCUAGAAGCGAUGCUAACGCAUCUCAUGCUCGGUCCCCAGCCCCUUCAGCCACAGCGGACCUCAUUGCCCAGAAGAGGGCUGAGAUUACUGCAAAGAUAGCAGCAAUGAAGAAAGGCGCGCCAUCGACAUCAGCUUCAACGUCCGCAGUCGCAACCCCGAGCCCCGUGUCAACACCACCUGUCCCCGCUACUCCACAUUCGGCAUCUCCUGCACCUGCAGGUACACCUACUGAUGACUUGGCGCGACGUGUUGCGGAAGCGAAGAGGCGUGUUGCAGACGCGCAGAACAAGCUUGCGGUGAAAGACAAUCCUUACAUGAGCCUACCGCAAGCCAGCAAGAACAAGAAGCAGCCAUCUGCGGAGUCUACCCAGCAGGGUGCUGGUUUGAAAAUGGCAGCUCACCCUCUGCUACUGGACAACACGCCUACCGCCCCGCAGUCAAAGAAGGAUCGCUAUAAGCCUAUGCAGCCGAAGUUCGCGUCUAUCAAGGCUAACGCUAGGAAUGCGCCGACACCCCCUCCUGCUCCUACACCUACUGUGCCCAUUGAGACUGCGUCGAAUCCUUACGCGUCCGGCGCGGCGACACCUGACAGCGGCUUUGAGGGCGCGCCAAAGGAGCGUUCUGGCCGCCAGUUCCGCUUCAACCCCAAGGGCAAGUAUGUGCAGAUCGGUAAUCAGGUCCGGCAAGAGGCACAGCUGGAACAACUCAAGCAGAGGAUUGCGGAGAGCGCGAAGAAGGCCGGAUUGGACACAGAGUUUGAAACACUUGAGAAGAACAUCCGCCGAGAACCGCCUCCAGACGCGGAAUGGUGGGAUGCCGCGCUGCUUCUGAAUAAGACGUACGACGACUUGGCUCUUGGUACGAGGGGCAUGAACAUCCGCAAUCAAGGGUCGCCUAUCACGAUCUACAUCCAGCACCCAAUUCCUAUCCCUGCACCUGGUGAUAAGAACAAGGUUGCCCUCAAGCCAAUGAAGCUCACCAAGAAGGAGCAGAAAAAGCUGCGGAAGCAGCGCCGUCAAGCUGAGUUGCAAGACAAGCGAGACCGAAUACGUAUGGGCCUCAUUCCCCCCGAUCCGCCGAAGGUCCGCUUGGCAAAUCUCAUGAAAGUCUUGACAUCGGAUGCUGUGCAAGACCCUACUCGCGUUGAAGCUCGAGUGAGACGUGAGGUCGCGAUGCGCAAGCAUCAGCACGAGAAAAUGAACACUGAGCGCAAGCUAACCGACGAACAAAGACGGGAGAAGAUCGAGACGAAGAAGAUCGAGGAAGAGAAGAGGGGCCUCUUUGGAGCCGUCUUUAAGGUGAAGGCACUCUCCGACCCCGCGCACCGCUUCAAGGUCAGGAAGAACGCCGAGCAGAUGAACCUCACAGGAGCGUGCAUCUUCCACCCGCAGUUCUCGAUGGUCUACAUCGAAGGCGCACACAAGUUCAUCCGGCAGUACAAGCGGCUUAUGCUGCACCGUAUUGCGUGGACAGAGCCUGCGCGCGAGCGCGGCAACGAGGAAGUCGAGCUCGACGAAGGUGAUGAGGGCGAGGACGGCAGCGCGGCCGACAAAGGCAAGGCGCGCGCAGUUACCCCUGCCGAAGGAGAGGCCGUGUCUCUUGAGGACAACAAAUGCUGGCUUAUCUGGGAAGGCCAGCUCCGCGACCGGUCCUUCAGCAACUUCAAACCGAAGAGCUGUCCCACCGACACUGCCGCGAAGGAAGUGCUCGGGCAGAAGCUUGCUGGCUACUGGGACCAGGCGAAGAACUGGAAGCCGGAGGAGGAAGAGUUGUUCUGAGAUUUGCCCAUAUGAUCUAGUUCUGAGCUGUAACGUCGCGAGUCAAUCUCGUAGGCAUCCAAACCCGCUAGAGCGUAGUAUUCCACUGCUCGAAGCUGUCUCUCUGGAGUCUUCGCUGAUAUGGCGCCGUAUUCUCUAUCGUUCAUAUACUGUUCC